AUGCAACAAACAAUACAAUCAGUGCCAUCAUCCUCUUCAUCGAAUCAAAGAAAUAACUUGAGUGGUGGAGCAACAUCAAAUAAUCGGAAUAAUGAAGGAGGAUUGGCACAAUCAUCGAUAAAUAGUGCUGGAUCUUCUUCUUCGGAGAGGAGUAAUGGAACAAGUGCAGAGAGAAAGUCAAAGAAUAGAUCAUCUAAUACAAAUAGUAGUAAUAAUCGGAAUAAUGAAUCAACAGCAUCUAGAAAUCAAAAUACAUUUAAUUAUCCAACGAGAAUAUUAACUUUUGGAUUUCCAUUUUCGGGACAGCCUGAUAUUGUGAGAUCUUUACAGAAGGAUGAAUUUUACAGUAAUCAUGUAAUGUUCAAUAAUUUAAAAGAGUUGUGUAAUUGGUUUUUUGGACAACGUUUUACCAUUAGAUUUGAAAGAGAAAUUCAACUCGUUUGUAAUUUAAUUUAUUAUGGAACCACUACUUGUACAGGACAAUCAACAUUGGGAGAGGAAUAUUGUGAUUUACUUCAGGUGCAACUCAAAGAAAAAACCAAACCACCACAACAGGUUAAUUCAACAAAUUCUAACAAAUUCUCUCCAAAAACUUUAUAUAUAGUCAAAUCAACAUCCUCUACGAGAUUAUUAUUUGUAUUAUAUGAAUUAAUUGUUCCUUAUUUGUUCGAUAGAGGUACAAGUCAUUGGUUGAGCCAUUAUUUUAGUCCUAAUGGUAUCUCUGAAAAUAUGAGAUAUUACAUUAGCAUGUUGAAAGAGUUUGUCCAAUUUAUUUUAAGAUUCAAUUUAGUCUCGUUCUAUAUCAAUGGAAAAUUCUUGCAAGUGUCUAAAAGGUUAGCAGGCAUUCGAUAUAUUUAUACUGGUAAAACAGAUGGAGAUUCCUAUAAGAGACCAAACUUUUUCUUGCUCUCACUCCUGAUAAUGAUACAACAGGUUAUUUCUGCAUUCUUAUUUAUUAAAUCUGCCGUUGUGCAGCAUAUCUCAAAAAAGAAGGAGGAAAAAAAAUGUGACAAUAAUGAAUCAAUAACUCUUGAUGGUGUUUCGUAUAUUGAGGAAUAUAUUGAUGGAAGAACUGAAACUGAAUUUAAAUGUUGUCUUUGUUUGGAACGACGAGUCAAGACAACAGCUACUAUGUGUGGACAUUUAUAUUGUUGGGAUUGCAUUACUGAAUGCGUUUCGAAUAGUAAGGAACCAAAAUGCCCAAUUUGCAGACAAUCUAUUUCUCUUCAAUCACUAUGUAGAUUGUAUUGCUAUGAUUCCCAAAUGGUAAAGCAAGUAGAGGGUGAAUGA